GAAUAAAAAUUUAUUUCCAAACAUGGCAUAAAAUACUCUCAUCUCAUGGAAGAAUAUGCAGACCAAAUAAAGAAUCUAAUCUUCUCGUAAGCCUGAGGUUCACACGGGAGUUAGUUUGAGACUUGAGUUAGAGAGCCCGUGUCGUCCGAUGAGUGAUGACGGAUCUUUCGUCGGAUUCUCAAUAAUUUAAGGUUGUGUUUUCUUCUUCAUCACCAGACAAAAACUCCUGACAUCAUUCUUUCAUCAAAUCAAGGUAACAAGAUGAUAUGACAGACGACAUGAUCGUGUGCUUAUCAAUCACGCACCAGAACAGACCACUCCAAAUUCGCCAGCUGUGCCUAAACCAGAAGAAUAUCUCGAGGCAAACACACAGCAGACGAUAGUUUCCCUCUAUGCCUUAACCUACGCCACGUCACCUCAUCGGAUGCUGCUAACUUACGCCUUCCCCUCAUUCCAUUCCAACUAAUUUUAGUUUUACUGUAAUUGCUGAAUGAACAAUCAUGGCAGCAGUGAUUAGGAUGCACCCCAUGUUGCUUCAACUCACUCUUACUUCUUUCGUCUUCUUGAGCUGUUUGAGGAACGGGAAUGCGGGGAUCACAAGCACUUUCAUCCGAUCCGAGUAUCCAUCCGUGGAUAUCCCUCUUGAUAAUAAAGUAUUUGCUGUUCCAAGGGGUCAUAAUGCUCCACAACAAGUGCAUAUCACCCAAGGUGACUAUGAUGGAAAGGCUGUUAUCAUCUCCUGGGUAACCCCUGAUGAACCAGGGACGAGUAAAGUGCAAUAUGGUACAUCAGAGAACGGAUACGAGCUUUCUGCAGAGGGGAUUGUGACAAACUAUACAUUCUACAAAUACAAGUCUGGGUACAUACAUCACUGUCUUGUUGAUGGCCUAGAGCAUGACACGAAGUACUAUUACAAGAUUGGGAGUGGCGAUUCUUCUCGAGAAUUUUGGUUUACAACACCUCCAAAGAUUGACCCAAAUUCUCGUUACACAUUUGGGAUCAUAGGUGAUUUGGGUCAGACAUUUAACUCUCUAUCAACUCUUGAGCAUUACAUGCAGAGUAAGGGACAGGCUGUUUUAUUCCUUGGAGAUCUUUCCUAUGCUGACAGAUAUCAGUAUAAUGAAGUGGGUUUACGGUGGGACACAUGGGGUCGAUUCGUUGAGCAAAGUACUGCAUAUCAGCCAUGGAUUUGGUCUGCUGGCAAUCAUGAAAUUGAGUUCAUGCCUUAUCUGGGAGAAGUUACUCCUUUCAAAUCCUAUCUUCAGCGGUAUGCUACUCCUUAUUUGGCCUCCAAAAGUAGCAAUCCUCUUUGGUAUGCCAUCAGACGUGCAUCGGCUCAUAUAAUCGUACUGUCCAGUUAUUCUCCAUUUGUGAAAUACACACCUCAAUGGAGGUGGCUAGAAGAAGAAUUGAAAAGGGUUGACAGGGAAAAAACACCUUGGCUCAUCGUCCUUAUGCAUGUUCCAAUCUACAAUAGUAAUGACGCACAUUACAUGGAAGGUGAAAGCAUGCGAGUAGUGUUUGAGAGUUGGUUCGUUCAUUACAAAGUUGAUGUAAUCUUUGCUGGCCAUGUCCAUGCGUAUGAGAGAUCGUAUAGAAUCUCAAAUAUACACUACAACAUAACAAGUGGUGACCAGAACCCCAUACCAGACAAUUCAGCUCCUGUAUACAUAACUGUUGGAGAUGGAGGGAACCAAGAAGGACUUGCUGGAAGGUUUAGAGAUCCACAACCAGAUUAUUCUGCGUUCCGAGAAGCCGCCUAUGGACAUUCUACGCUUGAGAUUAUAAACAGGACACAUGCACUCUACCACUGGAACCGCAACGAUGACGGGAAGAAAAUUGCAACUGACGCAUUUGUAUUACACAAUCAGUACUGGGGUAUGAAUCGUAGGAGGCGAAAACUGAAGAAGCAUUAUGUUAGGAAAAGUUUGGAGCAGAUCGCAAUUUAUUGAUAAGCAGUUUGUUGGAAUAUUGGAUUGGCUUGUCUUGAGACGCAUAUAAAUAAGUAAUGUGAUCCUUAUUUUGUUGGUUGCUUGCUUGUUCAUUCAUGAUAUUGGAUGGAGCUGCCACUAAUUCGGACGCAAUACCUUCAAAGGAAAAUCCUACGGCUUUUGAUUUUUUUAUAAAAUUUCAUCUA